AUGUCCAAGUUAUUCAUCGGCAACGUCAAGAGCGUGCUUAGCGGCGACACUCUUGUCCUGACCAGCCCAAACAACCCCGCCGCCGAACGAAGCAUUUCCCUCGCCUAUGUCACCGCUCCUCAUCUGCGCCGCGACGGCGACGAGCCCUUUGCCUUUCAAUCCCGCGAGUAUCUACGCAAUCUCGCGGUCGGCAAGGCCGUCCAAGCCACGAUCCACUACACGAUUCCCAACUCUGGACGAGAGUUUGGCACCAUCAAGCUCAAGGAUGGCACAGAUCUUCCCGAUGAGCUGGUCAAGGCUGGUUGGCUCAAGGUUCGUGAGGAUGCUGGCAAGAAGGAAGACUCCGAAGAGAUCCUCGAAAAACUCGAGACUCUUCGUACUCUCGAAUCCCAGGCCAAGGCUGAAUCUAAGGGUCUGUGGGCCGGUACUGGUGGCAUGAUUGAAGUCCAGAACGACCUCGGCAGCCCUGAUUUCAUCAGAGAAUGGAAGGGCAAGACAGUCGAUGGUAUCGUUGAGCGUGUUCUGAGCGGUGACAGACUCCUCGUCCGCCUGCUCCUAUCUGAAAAGAAGCACGUUCAACCCAUGACCCUUCUUGCCGGUGUUCGUACCCCUGCCACUGAAAGACUACAAACCUCAACUGGAGCUACACAGGCUGCUGAAGAGUACGGCAACGAGGCCAAGGCUUUUGUUGAGUCCAGGCUAUUGCAGCGUCUUGUCAAGGUUGAGAUUGUCGGCGCUAGUCCUCAGGGACAGCUUAUUGCCCAUGUCCUGCACCCCCGCGGCAACAUUGCCGAGUUUCUCCUCCAGGAGGGUCUCGCCCGGUGCAACGACUUCCACUCCACCAUGCUUGGCGAGAAGAUGGCCUCGCUCCGUGCUGCUGAGAGGGAAGCUCAGGGCAAGAAGCUACGUCUGCACAAAAAUCAUGUGGCCAAGGCUGAUGGUGGAAACCAAGAUAUGGCCAUCUUCAAGGUUCUCGCCGCUGACACUGUCAUCGUGCGUACCAAGAACGGCGGCGAGAAGCGAAUCAGCUUCAGCAGCGUCCGUGGCCCUCGUACCAACGAGGCCUCAGAAGCCCCCUUCCGUGAUGCGGCCAAGGAAUUUUUGAGACAAAAGGUGAUUGGCAAGCAGGUCAAAAUUAGCAUUGACGGCAACAAGCCUGCCACCGAAGGCUUUGAGGCCAAGGAGGUCGCCACCAUCACGGACAAGGGUAAGAAUAUUGGUCUGGAGCUUGUUGAGGCAGGCUGGGCCACGGUUAUCCGCCAUCGCAAGGACGAUACCGACCGAUCGCCCAUUUACGACGAGCUUUUGGCUGCUCAGGAAAAGGCCAAGGAGGAGAAGAAGGGCAUGUGGUCUGGCAAGCCUCAAAAGGCUAAGCAGUACCUCGAUUUAUCCGAUAACCUCCAGAAGGCCAAAAUCAUGCUUGCUACCCUCCAGCGCCAGAAAAAAGUUCCCGCCAUUGUCGACUUUUGCAAGGCUGGUUCUCGCUUUACUAUCCUGAUCCCUCGCGAAAAUGUCAAGUUAACGCUUGUCCUGGGCGGUAUCCGUGGCCCUCGUGCCCCCCGCGCUGAUGGUGAGGGUGGUGAACCUUUUGGCAAAGAGGCUCUCGACCUUGCCAACCGUCGCUGCAACCAGCGCGACUGUGAGGUGAACAUUCAAGACAUGGACAAGGUUGGCGGCUUCAUUGGAGAGCUAUACAUUGGCCGCGAAAACUUUGCCAAGGUCCUCGUUGAGGAGGGUCUCGCCACUGUGCACGCGUACUCAGCCCAAAAGUCCGGCAACUCUACCGAGCUAUUCGCGGCCGAGACGCGCGCCAAGGAAGGUCGCAAGAACCUCUGGAAGGACUGGGACCCAUCUCAGGAUGAGGAGGCGGAAGAAAACGUCCCCGCAGAGACCCAGGAGUCCGAGGUCACUCUGGAGAAGCGUCCCACUGAUUAUCGCAAUGUCAGAAUUACCCACAUUGACGGUAACGGCAGACUCAAGAUCCAGGAGAUUGGAAAGAGCACGAAUGCUCUCGAUCUACUCACACGCGACUUCCGCAAGUUCCACCUCGACUCCAAGAACAAUAAACCUUUGGCCGAUGCCCCCAAGACUGGAGACUACGUCUCCGCCAAGUUCUCUGUCGACAACGAGUGGUACCGCGCUCGUGUCCGCGCCAAUGACCGCGCCGCCAAGAUCGCCGAGGUUCUUUUUGUCGACUAUGGCAACUCGGAGAAGGUUGCCUGGUCUGACCUCCGCCCCCUGGACCAGAGCCAGUUUGGUGCCCAUAAGCUCAAGCCUGUGGCCGUUGACGCCUCAUUGGCCUUUGUGCAGCUCCCCACUGGCGCAGACUACUUUGAUGAGGCAGCCGCCUACAUUGAGAAGCUAACCUCGAACAAAGAUCUGGUUGGAAGCUUCGACUACGUCGACAACAAGGAGAACAUUAGCUACAUUACGCUAUUUGACCCCAAGGCUGAUGGCGGCCUUCCCGGCCCUGAGGAGUCGCUCAACAACGACAUCCUCGCUGCUGGCUUCGGCAUGGUCCCCAAGAAACUCAAGGCGUGGGAACGCAGCAAGCCCUUUGAACCGGUCCUGCAGCACCUCCGCCAGACGGAAACGCAGGCCAAGGCUGAACGCCAGGGCCAGUGGGAAUAUGGUGACUUGACUGAAGACUAA